UGAGCUCUCUGCAUACUGUACACUCUCGGCCAGGCUGAUCUGUCAGUUUCUCCUGACAGACAAGAGAGACACAGGUUAACGCUCAUGAAGACAUCAGAAUGGAAAAAAGGGAAAAGAAGAAUACAAAGGCAGAAGAGCGAGCGAGGUGUGGACAGACAGAGCAAAUGAAAACAGAGGAUUUGUAUUUUUCUUGUUGCACCUGAAAGUUUUUGCCAAACUUUGAGGAAAUCCCUGUCUGAAUUGGCUCUUGGGGACUUCUCUUUCUCUUGUGGAUUUUAAAUUUACCCGAAGAAAUCCAGUGAUAAGCAGCUGUGUGACACAGCACAGUGAAUGAUGUUCAUCUGACACCUGACUGCUGGAGCCAAUCAUGGCAUCUCAUUACGUCACGUAGACGUGUACCACAAAGUCAAUAGUUCUGGUGAGGUCCCCGUUGUAACCAUGGCGUCCCGGAUGAAGCAGCCCCAGGGGGGUGGCCUGUCCUCUCUAUUUUCCUGCUGCUUCAAAAGUAGUGAACCACCAGAGAUCACCUACUGCCAUGAUAACACUACCACUAUGGCUGUACUGGAGCCCACCCUGCCCAUGCCCCCCCCUAAAGAGCUGGACUCUAUUUUCACUGAGCUGGUGGAUGAACUGGACCUCUCAGAGGAGCACAGAGCUGCCAUGUUUGCCUUGCCAGCAGAGAAAAAAUGGCAGAUCUACUGUAGCAAGAAAAUGGAGGCAGAGGAGAAUAAAGGAGCAACCAGCUGGCCAGAGUACUAUAUUGACCAGCUCAGGUCCAUGGCUGCUAGGAGGACUCUGCUGGCACUGGAGGAUGAGGAAGAUCAAGGAAGAACUAAGAUUGCAGAUGGUCUAAAGACGGCACUGAGGACCCAGCCAAUGAGAUUUGUGACACGAUUCAUUGAGUUGGACGGACUGUCUUGCAUCCUGAACUUCCUCAAGUCAAUGGACUAUGAGACCACCGAGUCUCAGGUCCACACAUCACUGAUCGGCUGCAUCAAAGCUCUAAUGAACAACUCUCAGGGCAGAGCUCACGUCCUGGGUCACUGUGAGAGCAUCAAUAUCAUCGCACAAAGUCUCAGCACUGAAAACAUCAAAACCAAGGUUGCAGUGUUGGAGAUCCUCGGUGCAGUGUGUUUGGUGCCAGGGGGCCACAGGAAAGUACUAGAAGCCAUGGUGCACUACCAGAAAUUUGCCUCGGAGAGAACACGCUUCCAGAACCUGCUGACAGACUUGGAUAGAUCCACAGGCCGCUACAGAGAUGAAGUUAAUCUGAAGACUGCCAUAAUGUCCUUCAUCAACGCUGUGCUCAGCCAGGGAGCAGGAGAGACCAGUCUGGAGUUCCGUAUCCAUUUGCGCUAUGAGUUCCUAAUGUUGGGCAUUCAGCCAGUCAUUGAUAAACUACACUCCCAUGACAACGCCACCUUGGACAGACAUCUGGACUUCUUUGAGAUGUUAAGGAACGAAGACGAGCUUCAGAUGUCCAAACGCUUCGACGCUGUCCACAUAGAAACUAAAAGUGCCAGCCAGAUGUUUGAGCUGAUCAAGAUGAAGCUGAGCCACACUGAAGCCUACCCUCACCUCCUGUCUGCACUGCAGCACUGCCUCAUGAUGCCAUAUAAGCAGAGCAGCACCACACGGCAGUACUGGGUGUUGUUGGACCGGAUAAUUCAGCAGCUGGUUCUGCAGACAGACAAAGGUGAAAACCCUGAUGUGGCACCACUGGAGGACUUCAAUGUUAAGAAUAUUGUACGAAUGCUCGUCAAGGAGGACGAGGUCAAACAAUGGAAGGAACAAGCUGAUAAAAUGAGAAAAGAACAUCAAAACUUACAGCAGCGCUUUGAAAAGAAAGAGAGGGAGUGUGAGGCCAAAAAUAAGGAGAAGGAAGACAUGAUGGCGAUGUUGAACAAGAUGAAAGAGAAGCUGGAGCGGGAGAGCAACGAGCACAAGCAGGCCAAACUACAAGUGGCAGAGCUGUCCGCUCGGCUGCAGCAGCUCAGCAACACCUCCACUGUUCCUGGAGGACCUCCUGUGACCUCUGGUGGUUUAGUUCCUCCUGGUCCUGUCCCAGCCAUCCCUCCUCCCCCUCCUCCUCCACCACCACCUCCUCCAGGAGGCCCACCAUCUUUUGGCAUGGCCCCAUUUGCCCCACCACCUCCUCCCCCGCCAGGGGCUCCAAUGGGAACUGCCCAGAAGAAGAAUAUUCCUCAGCCAUCGAAUCCACUGAAGUCCUUCAACUGGAGCAAACUCCCUGAGAACAAAAUACAAGGAACCAUAUGGAAAGACAUCGACGACCUCAAGGUGUUUAAAGUUCUGGACCUAGAAGAGUUCCAGAGGACCUUCUCAGCCUACCAGAAACCACAAACUGCUGAGGACGACCAGAGUUAUGCCAAGAAAGUCAAGGAGCUGUCGGUUAUUGAUGGUCGGCGAGCACAGAACUGUAACAUCCUGCUCUUACGGCUGAAGCUGACCAACGAGGAGAUCCGCAAUGCCAUCCUGACCAUGGAUGAACAGGAAGACUUACCUAAAGACAUGCUGGAGCAGCUUCUGAAGUUUAUUCCUGAGAAGAGUGACAUUGAGCUGUUAGAAGAACACAAGCAUGAGCUGGAACGUAUGGCCAAAGCAGAUCGCUUCCUGUAUGACAUGAGCAGCAUCAACCACUAUCAACAGAGGCUCCAGAGUCUCUACUUCAAGAAGAAGUUUGCUGAGAGAGUGGCUGAGGUCAAACCUAAAAUCAAAGCUCUGAGUCUUGCGUCCAGGGAGGUGGUACAGAGCAGGACACUGCGUCAGCUCCUAGAGGUGGUCCUGGCCUUUGGGAACUACAUGAACAAAGGACAACGAGGAAAUGCCUACGGAUUUAAAGUGUCCAGUCUCAACAAGAUAGCUGACACCAAGUCAAGCACUGACAAAAACAUCACCCUGCUCCACUACAUGAUCACUGUACUGGAGAAGAAGUACCCUAAGGUGGCAACCUUCAGCGAAGAACUACAAAAUGUGCCAGAAGCUGCUAAAGUCAAUAUGACAGAGUUGGAGAAGGACAUUGGCAACCUGAGAUCUGGUCUAAAGAGUGUUGAAGCGGAGCUGCGGUACCAAGAGGCUCAGUCCUCUCGCAGUUCUGCAAAUAAGUUUGUCUCUGUGGUCAGUCAGUUCAUCACUGUGGCCUCCUUCAGCUUCUCCGAUGUAGAGGAGUCACUCACUGAGGCCAAAGAAUUGUUUGGAAAGGCACUGAGGCACUUUGGAGAAGACAUGUCCAACAUGCAGCCGGACGAGUUCUUUGGGAUCUUCGACACUUUCCUCACAUCUUUCUCAGAGGCCAAACAGGACAACGACAAUAUGGCCAGACGCAAGGAGGAAGAGGAGAGACGGGCACUCAUGGAGGCACAGCUGAAGAAAGAGAGGGAGCAGAAGGCGAGGAAAGCAAAUGAAGAGGAAGGCGGCGAGUUUGACGACCUGGUAUCUGCUCUGCGCUCCGGAGAGGUGUUUGAUAAGGAUCUGUCCAAAAUGAACCGAAGAAAGCAGCGGAGACAUAACUUGUUUGACGGCAGCCGCGAGAGACCGCUAACAAAGCUGGACCAGUAAGAGGACACUUGAUGGACAGCAGCACCUCACUGACUGUUAAAGCCCUGCUGAAACACACAUAACGCUGUGGUAGGCUCAGAGUUAUCAUUUACACUGAAGUCCACAUUCUGGUUGAUGGGUCAAGGUUGUACAGGAUGGAUUUUUGUACUUUUGACCUUUCACUCUGCUACCAUGCAGGCUGAGAAGACUAUUGGUUACUAAUAAUCUUUUUAUGCCAUCUGUCACAACUUUCUUGUUUACUGGAGAAAAUAAACUGCUUUCAUACGGUGAGGACUCAAAGUAAAAGUUAAACAGUUUGAGAGUCCAAUCUAGUUGCUUAUACAGGACAUUAUGGAAAGAACUAUGUUUAAGUGGAAGUUUUGUUCCCAGUGCAUAGCCAUUCUGGAGUAAGUACACUGGGUUUUUUCUGCAUGUAUAUAUGCAGUGAUGGGAUUUUUCAUGUGCAGAUGUACACAUCUAUGUUAUGGAGGCACGAAUGAUGCAGACGUUUCCCAUGGAACACAACAAAUCUAUCAGUUUGGGAAAUACACUUAUUGGCUUUCCUGCCAAGACUUUAGAGAAGAUUUAUACUUUCAUGUCAGUGCUGGUAAAUGUGAAGCUACUGCCAGAUAGUUACAAAGGUCACAAAGUCCACCAGCAGCAUCCGUAAAACUCACUAAUUAACAUGUUAUAUCUUGUUUGUUUGAACUUUAUGAGCUUUAAAGGUGUUGGUAGGUGUAUAUUUUUCAGAGCCAGGCUGGCUGUUUACCCCUGCUUCCAGUCUUUAUGCUAAGCUAGGCUAACCACGUCCUGACUCUAGCUCCACAGUCACCACACACAAGAUUGACCCACAAGUGUAUUUCACAAACAUAAUGCAGUGACGAGACAAAGAGAAAAUAUAGUUUUCCUGUAUAGAUUCAACUUGCACUUCCCUAUAUAUAUAUAUAAAGUUUGGACACACCUUCUCAUUUAAUGUUUUUUCUUUAUUUCCAUGACUAUUUACAUUGUAGAUUCUCACUGAAGGCAUCAAAACUAUGAAUGAACACAUAUGGAAUUAUGUAGUAAACAAAAAAGUGUGAAAUACUUUUCCUUAGUAGUGGUUUUUUAGCAGCUAUUUGACCAUAAAGGCCUGAUUCGCGCAGUCUCCUCUGAACAGUUGAUGUAGAGAUGUGUCUGCUACUAGAACUCUGUGUGGCAUUCUUCUGGGCUCUAAUCUGAGGUGCUGUUAACUUGCGAUUUCUGAGGCUGGUGACUCGGAUGAACUUAUCCUCAGCAGCAGAGGUGACUCUUGGUCUUCCUUUCCUGGGGCGGUCCUCAUGUGAGCCAGUUUUGUCGUAGCGCUCAAUGGUUUUUGCGACACAUUCAAAGUUUUUGCAAUUUCCCGGGCUGACCUUCAGUUCUUAAAGUAAUGAUGGACUGAAUGAUGGGUUCUUGCCAUAAUAUGAAUUCUAACAGUUGUCAAAUAGGGCUGUCAGCUGUGUACCAACCUGACUUCUGCACAACACAACUGAUGGUUCCAACCCCAAUAAGAAGGCAAGAAAUUCCACAAAUGAACCCUGACAAGGCACAGCUGUGAAGUGAAAACCAUUUCAGGUGACUUCAUCAUGAAGCUCAUUGAGAGAAGGCCAAGGGUUUGCAGCACUGUCAACAAAGCAAAGGGUGGCUACUUUGAGUAAUCUAAUUUAUUUCACACUUUUUUGUUUACUACAUAAUUCCAUAUGUGUUCAUUCAUAGUUUUGAUGCCUUGAGUGAGAAUCUACAAUGUAAAUAGUCAUGAAAAUAAAGAAAAACCAUUAAAUGAGAAGGUGUGUCCAAACUUUUGACUGGUAGUGUAUAUAUAUAUAUAAAUGCUUGCUUUUAUGCCAUUUGUGUGUGUGUGUGUGUGUGUGUGUGUGUGUGUGUGUGUGUGUGUGUGUGUGUGUGUGUGUGUGUGUGUGUGUGUGUGUUAUAAGUGUAUUUGAGUCUAGAGCAUUGAGAAUGAAUGCUUGACUGGUAUGUUUUGCGUUUUCUUGUGUUCAAAAUGUUCCUGUACAGGAUAUUUUGCACAAUAUAACAUAAUAUAAAAUUGACCAUGAGUUGUAUUGAUUGAUUUGACGUGGAUGAGAGAAUUGAACUUUGGAAUGUGAUUGGCAGACAGUGGAGAUGUCUGAAACUGCAGAUACAUUCUCUCACAAUGUCCUUUAUGUAACUUAAUGAAUGUAUCUCAAUGUACUGACCUGAAGCAGAACACUGUUCCUUUUUGUGCAAUUAUAAUAACUGAAAAUGGCUUUUCCAAAAUGGUCUGCUUUGCCCGAUUUUGAGUGUUUCUAUAUUCUUUUAACAUAAAUGUUUUUGCAAAACAGAGACAUACCACACAUCAACAUGUUUUCAUAUGUUUUACAAAUUAUGGUGUUAUAAUAACUCUUGUAUAUUUGCCAAAGUUAGCACACCUCAGGUUUGAUAGUUCCAUUGGAAUAGACCUUUUUCACAACAGCCAUUUUGACAUGAAAUUGUAGGCUAAACACAGGUGUUACCAAAUUAAGGCUCUGUUACAUUUAGUGUAGCAGAGACUUUCCAGUGAGGAAACAUGUGCAACAACAGCACCCUGACUCUGUCUGACCUUUUGUGUUUUUGUACAAUUGGUAAUACCUGUGGUUACCCUACCCUUACUAUUUUAUGUAAAAAUGGAUACAUAAAAAACAUGUCUGUCCAUCCUCUAAAACAUUGAUUGAUCAGUGAAAAAUACACAAACAAAAAGGCAAUCCAGGCACAUUCCUUGAAGACACAUACCGGUACCUAGCUAAAUGCUAAGAAAACAGCCCUAACCCUAACCUUUUUUGGUCCAAUUCAGGCACAAAACCAUCAUUGCUAUUUUUUGAGAGUGCCUUGGUUUAGGGCCUUUUUGUUUUUUCCCUGAUUCUAAGAGCACCUGAUACAACUUCUGAUCUACAAUCAAGUAUUUUAAGCAACUUGUCCGCUCCCUUUUCCUACAGUAAAAUGUAUACCAAAUUUAAAAAGUGAAUCAUUUAUUAACUGUCAAUACGUUCCAUGUGUUGAAGUCUCUGUUUGUUGCUGCUGGAUCCAUCCAUUCUAAAACACUUUGUUUUUAGGGUGGAUUUCAUGUAAAUGUACUAUUACAAUUCUCUAAUAACUAAAGAUCAGUAUUAUCAGUUGAUAUGGGUAUAUAUACAGCAGUCAGGUGUAAUAUGGGUGAAAUGAUAUUAUUUAUAAGAAUGACAGUCUCCAAACAAAGCUUAUUCAUCAGCUGCUGCUAUAUUUUGUCCCAUGUGUCCACUGAUGGCUUUCAGGCUUAGUGCACUCAAUGAAAUCUCGACAGCUCUGUCAUUUUUGUGUUAAUGCUCAUUUACACAAUGGGUCUGAUGUUCUGGGUUUGAUUUUAAACAAAGGUGAGCAUUGUCAGUUUUGAAGUCUCAUUGUGUCAGAUGUACAGAUGGUGUUCUGUCCCAGACUCAGUCUGAGAAUGUAUCCUUUGAAGUGAAAUGGCUUCUUUGGUUGAAACUGACACUUUACUCACAUGUUCCACGAUCUGGGUCCAUUACAUAACAACAUGACAUUUCUACUCCAAGAGCUCAGAGGAUCAAGGUUCUUCUGUCUGAGGAGAAAAUGCAUUGUGGGGUGAAACACUUUCUCAGCUGUGUGGGAUAUUUGGACUUUGAUUUACUGUAACUAAAACAAAUAAUGCUUUUUCUGUGUGUCAAAAAAAUUGUGCUGCUGGCAACAAUUAAUGCCACCAAUGUCACUGAAAUGUCUAAUGUCAGUAAAAGUGGAAAUAACAUAUUUA